AUGGGUAUAUUUGACUUUUUUUUGGCUACUUUGAGUGAAAUUCCUGCUUCUAUUAUUGCUUAUUUACUUGUCGAUACCCAAAAAGUUGGAAGAAUAAGAAUUAUUUUUGCGUCAUUGAUUUUCUAUAAAUUUUUAUUAUUCGGACUUGGAGCUAUUCUUUUCUUUUCAAAAUUCGCAGGAUUAGUUGCAUAGCCAGUUACCUCAGAAAGUUAUGAUACUAACUUUAGAUCUAUGGGUUUGGGUAUAUGUGCUGCUAGUGGAAGGGCUGCAGGUGCUUUAGCUCCUUUUGUAUUAUAUAAAAUAUUCUUCGAUUUAUAAUAAAAUAACGAUUUAUAAUAAAAUGAGAAGAAAAUAAAUUGA